AUGCGUAGCUUCUGUCGGAGACCCAAAGAAGUUUUCGUUUUUGUAUUUAUUUUACUAUUUGUUGUAUGGUUAUUGGUCACAAUUAUUGAGUUUAGUCUUGGGCUCACUGUCACUACAGAGGAUCUCAUUGCAACUGGUGAAAUUCUUCGAAACGGUAGGCAACUCAAGGCAUUCAUUACUUCUUCCUAUUAUUAUCCAACUUCUAAAAGUUUGGGUGACAAUGCAAUUGCUCUCGUUAUGAGCAUUAACCUCGUCUGGAAUCCAGUUAUCAAAUUGGCACCUUUCCUAUCAUCAGAUCCAUCGGAACUAGUUAUAAUGGGUAGCAAUGCCACUGCUAGCGUUAUAGUGAGAGCUCCGUACGUAAGGGUGACACCUCAUGAAGUUUGUCAAAUAAUAACGAUUUUCGCAACAGCGCAACUCUUACCAAAUGUGAAAAGCAUUAGUAUGCUCGGGUAUAAUGGAUUGGCUGAGAUUCCAUUCACAAUGCCUUCAUAUACGAAACGAGAAGUUGUUGUUUGUACGUCUCCGUUGUACGUUAGUGAGCAGUGGCAGAACUUCUUAUUGGCGGUUCAUAUUUAUAGAAAAUUUGGAGCUCACAUGCAUUUAUAUCUGAUCAGUUCUGUCACUCCUUUCUACGAGCUAAUGAAAGAAUAUGAAAAAGAGGGAUACAUGACUGUUCAGCCUUGGGUGAAAGUUGACUUUCCUGGAGUUCCUAAAACCAUCGCCGAUCCUUACAAUCAGAUUGAAUUCCGAAAUCAAGCUGCUUCUCAAACCGAUUGCCUUUUACAGUUCAAGGAAUCUGCUAGAUUUGUAACUUUCCUAGACCUGGAUGAUGUUCUGAUACCCAAAGUAGCGCCAACCUACGCAGAAGAAUUUCAAAAAAUAAUGGACGGAAAGAAAAAAAUGGCUUAUAUCUUUUAUCAUAAAGAAAAUUAUGAUGCAGUGGUAGCGAGAGAUAGUUCCAGAUUCUCGUUAAAGAAAAUGAUCGGUAGUUUAGAAUGUAAACACAAAAGAGAAACGGGGAAAAUUGUGGUGGAUCCUAGGAAUCUCAACUACACCUGGAUACAUUAUCCGCCAAUUCUUCCAAAUGGAUUCCAAAAAUAUGAAGUUACAGAGAAUGUUAUCACUCAUUUGAAAACAAUAGUGUGGACUGAUGAAAAGAAUGAGAGUGGAAGGGCUCUCACUGAACCACUAUACUUCGAUAACUCCACUGCAAAAAUUAUCUCUAGCAAAUAUGUUGCAAGCAUUGAAAAAGAAUUUCAAAGAAUGAUACGGAAGCCUCGGAUCAGAAAAAUCUUCGCAAAACUUCCAAACAUCCAUUACUUCACUGACCUUGUUGUCAAAUGUUACAACAAUCGAUAUUAUCGAUAUCAUUAUUUAGGGAGACUCGAAAAUAUUGAAUGCCCUGGUCCUCAAUUAUGUGAAUUUGUGCAACAUCCAAAAAUCAAAUGUACUCAUGUCACUGCCACACACAUUCCAAUGGAAACUCUCUAUCCCAUUACUUAUUAUUAUGCAACAGGUACACAUUUCAUUAAUGAUAUUGGUUGUUAUGCUCAUUAG